AUGUCGAUAGCAAUGGAAACAACACCGGUAUCAGUAUCUUCAGCAUCAGGAGCUGAUUUAAACAGUGAUAAAUCUUUGGAGCAAUCUCAACAUGCACUACAAAUGCAAUUAUCCUGUAGCGCCUCAUCAACACCACCAUUACAGAAUGUAUCGGAACAGUCCGGUAUCCUACAAUCUGACUUAAGUACCAAUCUAUCGACUAUUUUAAAUGCUUCAAAAAAUAAUGAUAUUAAAAGUGGAAAUUCACCUGUAAUUGAUGAUGACGCAAAUUCAAUGUUAGAACGUGAGCUUGAAGUUCAACAAAAAGCCUUCCAAAGGUUUACUUCCUCAUUAAACGAUCUCAGAUUUCGAUCAACAUUUCCAAUCAAUGUUUUUCCGCCAUUUUUGGCUGCUCUCCAACAAAAUCCCUUAACGCUGCAUAAUCAAUUCGCGGCAGCUAGCAGUAAUCCGAGAAGUUCCGGUGUAUCGCCUGGCUUAGAUGAUGAGGAUGAGAAUGAACCUCUGGCAACUACUGAGCCAGAAGAUUUGACUAUUAACUUUCGUAAAGAGAAAAAAGAAUGUAUUAUGGGGGCUAGUGGAAGUACGGGUGAUGAUAAUGCGGAUUCAGAUGCUAGUGGACAACAGAAUUGGUCAUAUGAAGAACAAUUUAAACAGUUAUAUGAAUUAUCAGAUGAUGUAAAAAGGAAGGAAUGGUUGGAUGAUUGGCUUGGCUUUAUGCAUCGUAUUGGAAAACCGGUUACACGGAUACCAAUUAUGGCUAAACAAGUCUUAGACUUAUAUGAACUUUAUCGAUUGGUUGUGCAACAUGGUGGUUUAGUUGAAAUUAUCAACAAAAAAUUAUGGCGUGAAAUAACGAGAGGAUUAAAUUUACCAUCAUCAAUUACCUCUGCUGCAUUCACAUUAAGAACACAGUAUCAAAAAUAUCUGUAUGAUUAUGAAUGUGAGAAGGAAAGUCUCAGUACGGCAUCCGAUUUACAGCAAGCAAUUGAUGGAAAUCGGCGUGAAGGAAGACGAAAUGCAUCGACUGGAUCUGCUAAUUAUCCACAAGUUGGAUAUUCGGUUGCUGCAACUGCUGCUGCUGCAGCACAUCAUAACUCGACAGCAUUACUUAACAAACAUCUCAAUGGUACUUUAAAUCUUCGAAGCGGUUUAGAUGAUGAUGCUGGUUUAGGCCCGGCAUCACAACAAGCAGCUUUAGUAGCUGCUUAUCAUGUCGAACAGUUGGCUGUUUUGGAAGCACAACAAAGGCAAUUUGAACGAGCACAACGAGCCGCGGUAGAAGCGGUAACGCGGCAUUCAGUCCAUACACGUAGCAAAAACAACAUUGUAAACAGCAGUAAUAGCAAUAACAGUAGCAAUAGUGGCGGUGGUGGUGGUCAUCAUUCUCAUAUGUCGGGACGUGAAUCAACAUCAUCCGCUGAUUCUGAUGGUGCUGCACCGGCAAAACGAGCGCGAACAUAUUCCUCGGUUACCGGUACCGCUGAUACCACUAAUGCUGCUGCUGUUGCCGCUGUUGCUGCAGCAGCAUUAAACGAUGAAAAUGGUCUCAGCAAUAAUUUAUUGGCUAAUUUGGCCACAGAACGAUUAUUUGGCAGUAUCCCAUCGGCACAUCUCAAAAUUACCAGUCGAGGAGAGAACUCCUUGGUAGUAUCAAUGGAAAUUAAUGGUACCAUGUAUCAGGGUGUACUGUUUGCAUUAGGAGGUGGUACCGGUGCUACAAAUAUCCCGCAAAAUCCUUUCCAGAAUGUUAGCGAUGCAGCAACAAUGGUAACGGGGUUGAAUUUAGCUACAACACUCAAGAAUCCUUUAUAG